UUUAAUACUUCUAAUUAGUAUCAAACAUCUGAUGUGACAAGUGCUAAACUUUAGCACGUGGGAGCCAAACAUCGCUGCAGUUUGUUGGCUCAGCACACAAAAUGUGACAUAGGCUUUGCACGUUUGCCGGCGCCGGUUUCUUCAUUGCGUUGCCAUCGGUUGCCAUGCCAUGUGCCCACGAGGCCACGACAGAGGAGUUGUCAACCAACAUCAUCUCAAAACGAGAAAAAAGCAAACCAUCAGCGCUUGACUGUUACGGGCACGGAGAGUGGUGCGCAUCUAUGAGUGUGUGUCCAUUCCAGCCGCCCCUCGACAUCAGCCGUGACGAUCUCAUCAUAUCCCCAAGCGUAGCAAAGGUAAACCUCUGCAUAUAUAUGGUCGAUGUACCUUCUCACUACUGCAAGAGGCCACGGAGAGAAACCACUAGCCAGCACCAUGUCUCCGCCUCCGGCGAUUAUCCCCACGGCGGCCGAGGGCGCGGCGCGCAUCAUCCUGGUGCACGGCACGGGCCACGGCGGCUGGUGCUGGUACCGCGUGGCCACGCUGCUCCGCGCCGCUGGCCACCGCGUGGACGCGCCGGACCUCGCGGCCUCGGGCGCCGACGCGCGCCGGCUCCGCGACGCGCCCACCUUCGAGGACUACACGCGCCCGCUGCUGGACUUGCUCCAGGCGCUCCCCGACGGCGAGCGGGCCGUCCUGGUCGGCCACAGCUUCGGCGGCAUGAGCGUCGCGCUCGCCGCCGAGGCGUUCCCGGACAAGGUCGCGGCCGCCGUGUUCGUCACCGCGUUCCUGCCCGACUGCACCAACCCGCGCUCGCACGUCAUCGAGAAGCUUACCCUGACGGACUGGAUGGACAGCGUGACGGACGCGGAGCACGACCCGCCCUCGGUGUUCCUAGGGCCUGAGUUCCUGCGGGAGAAGCUCUACCAGCUCAGCCCGCCGGAGGACUACACGCUGUCGCAGAGCCUGGCCCGGGUGAGCUCCCACUACGUGGCCGACCUGCGGGGCCAGCCGCCGUUCAGCGAGGCGCGGUAUGGCGCGGUGCGCAAGGUGUACGUGGUGUGCGACCAGGACCAGGCCAUGCUCGAGCCCUACCAGCGGGCGAUGAUCGCCGGCUGCCCCGUGGCCGAGGUCAGGGCGAUCGCCGGCGCCGACCACAUGGCCAUGUUCUCCGCGCUGGCCGAGCUCGCGGGGCACCUCGCCGACGUCGCAAACACGUACGCCUGAUGCGGUGGGUGCCCAUCGUUUGGUCCGCCACAGCGGGCGCGUUGCAGCCUGUCAGAUAUUCUGGUCUUCUGGAUGAAGGCGUCCUGGUACCGCCACCGAGUAAAUAAACCUAUGAUGGUGAAGGACUGAAGGGCAUCUUUCUUCAAUUUGGACCCCCGUACUGUUGAACACGCAUUGAGAUAUAUGGGUACAUGUGAUGUAGUGAUAUGAAAGACUGUCUGGAUUUCAGUUUUUGGGGUUCACUGAUUGAAGGGAAAGUUAACUGAUUUCUAUAUGGGACAACUGGCGAGCAACUGAAAUUAUACAUGUCAUUGGGUAUCUAUACCCUCUCCCUA